AUGACAGAAUUAGUUGAAAGGAAAUCCUCCCCAAUGGUGCCUCAAUUUAAUGAUACACAAUCAAACUCUUUACUGCCUCAAAGAUCAAUUGUAUCAAAGGGAAAGUAUAGUCUUAAAGAUUUCCAAAUAAUGCGAACUUUAGGUACUGGUUCAUUUGGUCGUGUUCAUUUAGUAAGGUCAGUUCAUAACGGACGGUACUAUGCUAUAAAAGUUUUAAAAAAGCACCAGGUUUAUCGCAUGAAACAAAUUGAACAUACCAAUGACGAGCGUCGUAUGCUUAAAUUGGUAGAACAUCCGUUUUUAAUUAGGAUGUGGGGAACUUUUCAGGAUUCUAAGAAUUUAUUUAUGGUAAUGGAUUAUAUUGAGGGGGGAGAACUUUUUUCACUACUAAGGAAGUCGCAAAGAUUUCCAAACCCUGUAGCGAAAUUCUAUGCAGCUGAAGUAACUUUGGCACUGGAAUAUUUACAUGCCCAUAAUAUUAUUUACAGGGAUUUGAAGCCUGAAAAUAUUCUGUUAGACAGGAAUGGGCAUAUAAAAAUCACGGAUUUUGGGUUUGCAAAGGAGGUAGAAACAGUAACAUGGACACUUUGUGGAACUCCAGAUUAUAUUGCACCUGAAGUGAUUACCACCAAACCCUAUAAUAAAUCGGUAGAUUGGUGGUCUUUGGGUAUAUUAAUUUUUGAAAUGCUGGCUGGAUACACGCCCUUCUACGAUGUGACUCCUAUAAAGACAUAUGAAAAGAUUUUAGCUGGCAAGGUUAUAUACCCACCUUUCUUUCAUCCUUAUGCAGUUGAUCUGUUGAGCAAGUUAAUAACGAGCGAUCUUACGCGAAGGCUAGGAAACCUUCAAAGUGGACCGCAGGAUGUCAAGUCACAUCCAUGGUUCUCUGAAGUUGUAUGGGAAAAGUUAUUGGCUAGGGAUCUUGAGACACCUUACGAACCCCCUAUAACUGCAGGAGUAGGUGAUUCUUCACUUUUUGAUAAAUACCCAGAAGAGCAGUUUGAGUAUGGCAUACAGUGCCCAGAUCCAUACGAAGCGUACUUUACCGACUUCUAG